CACCAGUCCUCAUCUCUCCAAGACUCGAUACCGGCUUGAUAGGAACCAGUGGCGCAAUUGUCCGAGCACAAGAUUGUGCCAGGGGAGAAGACUAGCACACAUCUGUAGAAGUUCUCUGGAGGUGUCUCGUGCACUCAGCCACUCUGCACCAUCAGCUAUAAACUUAGAAGUUGCUCAAGUCAAGUUUGAUGAGGAAGUUUCCAUCUGUUCGGAAUUCUCACAGUCUCAGACCUCAUACCUGGUGGCUGAGGAGGACCACAGGCUUGCAGGGUUUGGUUACAACUGCCCAGGAGGAACGAGUGAAGAGUGCAUGACUGUAGCAGAAGAUGAACACAGCUAUGACCAUGGUGACACCACUCUUGAGCACAACUCAGGUAUAUCUGGUCAGUCUCGCUCUCGCUCCCUCUCUAGAGUGACCGUUAGUACCGAACAUUCAGCAUCAUUCAACUUUGACAUGUCCAAUCGGGCACGACUUCCCAAAGGCAUUGAAAACAUCAAACCACAUCUUGAAAAUGUUGAUAAUGUUCCGUUGUUGGUGUCUCUCUUCACGGACUGCACUCCACCAGCAACAUGUGCUAUGCUCACCAUCAUGCAGGAAUAUACUGAGGUUACUAUGGUUAUGGGAUCCUCUGCAAAUGCUGACAACAUGAGGCUUUUUAUGCAGGCUGAUGCCAGGUAGGUCAUCCAGUACUUGAAAUGGUUGUUGAAGUACCGUGUAUGUACAGUAGGACCCCGCUUUAUGGCAUUUCGCCUUACAGCAUUCCACUAAUGCGGACAUUUC